CCCCUCUCGCCUUGUGCUAGUCUUUAAACAGGCGCUGCAAAGGGAGGGCCGGGCACAUGUGCGUCUCCAUCAUCCCUCUCCCGCUGUCCGCCUCUCGCCCGGGCACACCCGCACACACACACCCGCUCGCUCAUUCAUUCACUCCGAGGACGCCGGGCCAAGCCCCACACGCCGGCGCGAGCCCCGCCGGAGAGGUUGUGAAAAUUUUGAUUAUACUACACAAUUGGCUUGGAAUACAGUACAUAUCUAGUAUUUAUGGUACAUCAAACAUUUAGAGCCAGAAGCCUUCCUUCUCUUGAUCACUCAGUAUCAAGGACUCAUCUGACAUCCUCUUCAGUGCAUUGACUAAUAUUUUGGGUUUAAGAGAAGGGAACUGUACCUUGAGCUUGUGAGCUUACCUGAACUUCUUCAGCUACCUUUUUUUCAUUGCAAAUGCCUAAGAACAGCAAGGUAGUAAAACGAGAACUAGAUGAUGAGGUCAUUGAGUCAGUUAAGGACCUUCUCUCUAAUGAAGAUUCUUCAGAUGAUGCCUUUAAGAAGAGUGAACUGAUGGUUGAUGAUCAGGAAGAUAAAGAUGCAGAUGUUGAAGAGGGGUCCGAUGUAGAGGAUGAGAGACCAGCUUGGAACAGCAAACUUCAGUAUAUUCUGGCACAAGUUGGAUUCUCCGUGGGAUUGGGGAAUGUCUGGCGAUUCCCAUAUCUGUGUCAGAAAAAUGGCGGAGGAGCAUAUCUUGUGCCAUAUUUAAUUUUGCUGCUGAUAAUAGGAAUUCCACUGUUUUUUCUGGAACUUUCUGUGGGCCAGCGAAUCCGACGAGGGAGCAUUGGUGUGUGGAAUUAUAUCAGCCCCAAGCUUGGUGGAAUUGGAUUUGCAAGCUGUGUAGUAUGUUUCUUCGUGGCCCUCUACUAUAAUGUCAUCAUUGGAUGGAGUUUGUUUUACUUUUCCCAGUCUUUUCAGCAUCCGUUACCAUGGGAUCAGUGUCCCUUGGUGAAAAACGCUUCUCAUACCUUUAUAGAGCCUGAAUGUGAAAAAAGUUCUGCUACUACCUAUUAUUGGUACAGAGAAGCACUGAAUAUUUCCAGCUCACUCUCAGAGGGUGGGGGGUUAAACUGGAAAAUGACUAUUUGUUUGCUGGCUGCCUGGGUUAUGGUGUGUCUUGCAAUGAUAAAAGGAAUACAAUCUUCAGGCAAAAUCAUGUAUUUUAGUUCACUUUUUCCUUAUGUGGUACUUAUGUGCUUUCUAAUUAGAGGAUUGCUCUUAAAUGGUUCAGUGGAUGGCAUUCGUCACAUGUUUACACCUAAGCUUGAAAUAAUGCUGGAACCCAAAGUCUGGAGAGAAGCUGCAACUCAGGUGUUCUUUGCCUUAGGGCUUGGAUUCGGUGGAGUCAUUGCCUUUUCAAGCUACAACAAGAGAGACAACAACUGCCAUUUUGAUGCUGUUCUGGUGUCCUUCAUCAAUUUUUUCACUUCUGUGCUGGCAACUUUGGUGGUGUUUGCUGUUUUGGGCUUCAAAGCAAAUAUCAUAAAUGAGAAAUGUAUUACAGAAAAUUCAGAAAAAAUUUUAAAACUUUUGAAAAUAGGCAAUCUUAGCCAGGAUAUUAUCCCACAUCAUAUCAAUUUUUCAAGCAUUACAGCAGAAGAUUACAAUUUAGUAUAUGACAUUAUUCAGAAAGUUAAAGAAGAAGAAUUUCCUGCUCUUGGUCUGAAAUCCUGUCAGAUUGAAGAUGAACUUGACAAGGCUGUUCAAGGGACUGGUUUAGCUUUUAUUGCAUUUACAGAAGCAAUGACCCACUUCCCUGCUUCCCCAUUCUGGUCAGUGAUGUUCUUCCUCAUGCUCGUGAAUUUGGGACUUGGUAGCAUGUUUGGAACUAUUGAAGGCAUCAUCACACCUAUUGUUGAUACCUUCAAAGUGAGGAAGGAAAUUCUUACUGUCAUCUGCUGUUUGGUAGCAUUUUUUGUUGGCCUGAUUUUUGUGCAACGUUCUGGAAAUUAUUUUGUCACAAUGUUUGAUGACUACUCUGCUACCCUCCCCUUGCUUAUUGUGGUCAUUUUGGAGAACGUUGCUGUUACUCGUAUUUAUGGAAUAGACAAAUUCAUGGAGGACCUAAAGGAUAUGCUUGGUUUUUCUCCAAGCCAGUACUAUUACUACAUGUGGAAGUAUAUAUCACCUUUAGUAUUGUUAUGUUUGCUGGUAGCUAGUAUUGUCCAAAUGGGAUUAAGUCCUCCUGGUUAUAAUGCAUGGAUUGAAGAUACGGCUACUGAUGAGUUUCAAAGCUAUCCAACGUGGGGAAUGAUUGUCUGUAUAUCACUGAUGGUAUUGGCUAUACUUCCUGUGCCUAUAGUCUUUAUAGUUCGUCGCUGCAACCUUAUUGAUGACAACUCUGGUAGUCUGGCAUCCGUAUCCUACAAAAGAGGUCGGAUAAUAAAGGAGCCUGUUAAUCUAGAGGGAGAUGAUAGAAGUCUGAUUCAUGGGAAGAGUCCAAGUGAGGUGCCAUCUCCAAAUUUUGGCAAAAACAUAUACCGAAAACAGACUGGAUCCCCAACUCUGAAUACUGCUCCUAACGGACGCUAUGGUAUUGGAUAUCUAAUGGCAGAUAUGCCUGAUAUGCCUGAGUCUGACUUGUAGCUAGUGAAGAAAAAUACUUUCUUUUUUGUUUAUCACUGAACAUUGGUUCUCUUAAGGGAAGUGGCCAGCUUCACUUACUAGAGUGCGAUCUCAGGUGCCCCAUGGCUACUGUCUUUAAAAUAUCAUGACAGUACACAUAGCUCGAGAAUUCCCUUUGGAAUGAUUCUCUGGUAUUUCAUUUGCAUUGAAGGGAAUAUUCAGACACCCUUAAAAACUUGAUGGCCUGUGUGUGUCAGGAUAGUCAAGAUUUAAAAAAUGUUUCUAAUUUUAAUUGGGAAGCUUUCUAUUGCUGAAGGACAUAUUACCUCAGUUGCAGCAAUUUCCCAGGUGAUCUAAUAUUUCUGAGUUCCUUGGUUUUUGCCUUCAGGUUAAUUCCCCAGUAUUAAAAGAGAGCUCCAAAAUAGAUCACCAAAUCCAUGUUUCUGCACAUACUUGUAUAUACAUUAUGUAGAUAUGCUGUACUUAUUUUGUUAGCACUGAUAAUUACUUAGGCUGUUCGCUGAGUAAAUAAACCUUGCCAACUAUUUUCUUACAUACUAGCUGUAUAGAGCAAUAGUAUUAGAAUUCUGAGGAGGAGAAUUGUGGGAAGACAAGAAUGAUUCCCAGUUCACUGGAGACUGCAUAAGCUGUGGCUGUAUAUUUUAUGUAAAAUAUUUGCUUUUUCAGUGUGAAAAUGAUGUAAGAGUGAGUCACUCCAAGGAGUGUGCGGAUUCUGCAUUUUUUCUAUGCUGUGUGCCUAAAAAAUCUUCUUGAUAUUUAUUGUGGUUACAAGAUUACACAUAUAUUUAUAUAAUAUACUUGUAAUGUAAAUAUGUGUAUUAUAUUGUAUGUAAUGGUUUCAAAACUUGAAGCAAAAUGGCUUUUUUUAAUUAGUCUCUUUCUGUUUUGCUUCUGUUUUAUGCAAAGAAGAAAUCCUUGGGUUUUUUUCCCCAGUUAGUAAGUAUUAAGAACUGUAUGGCAUUACAUUUUAACCAAUGAAUAAAGCGAGGGAAAAAGGUG